UUUAAAAUUUAUCUCAAUCCAAACACUUGGCUUACAACACAUGCACUCCUUAUGCCUGAAUUCAGUUUAUACUCAACGGUGAACGCGUACAAACGAUUGUCUUUACGUUAAAUUGAAAAUAUUUUCAAGCUGCAUAAGAAGAAGCAAAAAAAAAAGAAGAAAAAUGCGAAUUUUUUUCUAGCUUAGCUUAUGUGAACUUCUUAGAGAGAUCUUAACGAGAAUUAAGUGGAGUUGCAAGUUGAAAAUUGAAGAAAAUUCUUAAUAUUGAGCAACGGCUAAGACAUUAAAUUGCACACAUAGAACACAACGCGAACAACUUACGGUUUUCUUCUUUUUGUUUUUUUUUUUUUAUUUAUUUUUUUUCGUUUUUGCUGUUUUCGUCUGCUAGAGACGAGAAUUUAAUACAAACCAUUAAUUCAAUAUGUGACCAAAACGCAAAAUCAAACAAGAAUGCUAACCGAAGAACCAACCAAGUAUUGAGGAAAAGAAAAAAAAUAAAAAAAUUAAAUAAAUAUUUUUUAAGUGGAAAAAAAAGAAAAUAAUAUGCGAGAAGUCAAUUGAUUUUAUGAGGAAAGCCAAGAGUAAACAGUUUUGCUUGAGGAUUAAAUAUUUACAAGAAUUGAAAUAUAGAAGAGGAGCUCGAAACUCCAAAGCCUAGCAAAUACACUUUUUGUUCGGUUAACUUUAAAUAAUUGUAUUUUAAAUAUAUAUUUAACCAGUGAUAAGUAAAUAAAAAUAGGUGCAUAUUUGUGCUCGAAUGCGCCUUUAUUGUUCGAAGUGCGUCAUAUGUGUUUUUAUGUGCGAAACGCGUGCGGGUGCGAGAAGUGUGCGUCAGUUGAUUGGUGGUGGUAAAUAGAAAUAAACAAAUAAAUUGAAAAAGCGGUAUCGGUUUGCUUUUAAAACAAAUUUUUAUAUUGAAAGCAACGCACAAUAACAACAACAACAACUACAGGCAUAAAAAAAUUGAAAUAAAAAAAAAAAAGGUGGAAAAAUAUUCGUUAAAUCAAAAAGAGAAGCCUUGAAAAAAGAUUCAAACACGAUAUACAGAACACAUGCAACUAUAUGUACAUACAAACAUGUACAUCUAUAUGUAUAUAAGUUUUUAUAUAUAUACAUAUAAACUUGAAUUUUAGUUAAAGCAUCUACGCCUUGUGUUUGCUAAAUUAAGCUAAAACCACUUUAUUGAGCUCAGUCAGCUGCUCGAGCAGCAGCGAGAGCAGUCAUAGUAGCAGCAGCAGCAGCAGCAGCAGCAGCAGCAGCAGGACACAACAGGGGCAAAAUAAAAACAAUACAGAAAAACAUACAGAUUCAAGUGGAAAACGUGUGGCGCAAUGAAAAAGAACGGAGAGUAAAACGAGCGACGAACAGCAGAGACAACAUAGCAUUGGUUGAAGAAGUAGGAGAAGAAGAAGAAGAAGCAGAAGGCAGAGAAUAAGACAGUAAGGCUGCUAGCAGUGCAUUCCAACAAGUACUUGUUGUACAAGGCUACAACAACAUAACCAACAAGGAAUUUUUUUCGCCGUUUAUUUAUGCAAUUUAAAAAUUGUUUCUUUUUUUUUUUUUUUUUUUUUUUUUUUUAUACAGUAUACCCUAAAAGGAUUACUUUUCACAUGUGCUUACCCCGUCAUUGUUAUUCGCAUAAAGCAAUCGGGAUGUCAUGACUUUGUAUCUUCUUUUUUCGUUUUGCAUGGAUUUUUUCAAAAAAGAAACGUCCCUGCUGUGUGGAGUUUUAAACAAAGUUGCAGUUUAGCUUUAUGCCAUAAUAACAGGGGAGAACGCGUGGGCCACCAUCAUGUCGGCCGUUAGCAAUAAUUUGAAAAUUAAUGGAAAUUUGAUAUCGAGUGCAAAUUCCGCUGCCAACAACUACAACAGCAAUAACAGCAAUAAUAAUAAUAAUAAUAAUAGCAAUAGCAAUAACAACAACAACAACAACAACAACAUCAAUUCAAUACAAAAUCAUAAGAGUAAUAAUCAUCAUCAUCAUCAUAAUCAUCAUCACCCGCAAAUCAGUCAUCAUCAUCAUCAGCAUAAUAGCAACGAACAAUCUUCGCAGUCUUCGGCUGCGACAACAGCAGCAACAACAACGACAACAUCAAUCCAUUGUAAUCCCGCUGUAAUUGGUAGUAAAUUGCAAGCACCGCAACAACAUCAAAGACGUUCGUUAAUACCAGCAGCUACGCUUCAACAGCAGAAUAUAACCGCACACACAUCGUCUGCAACCGCAACGACAACAACAACGCUAACACUGCCUCAGGCAAAUCAAUUGCAGACAAUAGCCACAAUUCAUCAGCCGUCCAUACAGCAUCCAAUCGGAAAUACGACUACGAACUCUGCCUCCUCUUCCUCACCAGCUUCAUACGAUUCACCGGCUGUGGCUACAGCGACCUUAAACGGUAAUACGAUAACGACAAUCACUAGUGGAGCAAACAGCAACAUUGCGAAUAACGCCCAACAGCAACAAUCGCAGCAGCAUUUUUCCCUUAGCGAGCAUCCUUCUGCCACUUCGAACCAACAGCAGCCAUCGCAAACAGCAACCCGCCGUAGUUUUUACCAUUUACAAACACUUAAAGCAACCAACAAUAAUAACAACAAUCUUAAAGCUCCUGCUCACACUAUACCGCCACGUUAUCAACCACCACCACAUCCGCCCACUCAAUAUCACACUAGUAUACUAAAGAAUUUGCAUUCGCAAAGAAUAGCCGGCAAUUCAACGGGAGGCAACAAUAAAUCCUAUACGCCGUAUUUUAUCGAUACGAACGCAAAUCCGUUCGGUAAUUUAAAAUAUCCCCCGGACAUACCGCAGCUAUCUAGUGUUUACAUACCGGAAACGAUUAAAACGCAAAGCAAUUCAAAUAAUUCACGUUAUUUAUCGCAACAACGUCAAACGAGCGUAACACAGCAAAGGCUACGCAGUAGUAUUGGUGUUGGUGGCGGUGGUAGUGGCGGUACCACUAGUGGGCAGCAGCAGCAGCAACAACAACAACAAAUAAACGGUCAUCAUUUGCUUACAAAUAACGAUACGCAGCAGCAGCAGCAACAACAACAACAACAACACCAGCAGCAGCAACAACACCAACAGGAUAUGUUGAAAUUUGUACGAAAAUCGGAGCAAGAUCAUCCUUCACCCAAUUCAGUAACAUCGAGUGGAACUGGCGGGGGCAUGAGUCUUGUGAACAACGGCGGACGUUUGAGUGCCGAGCAAAAUCGUCAAUUGCAAUCAUUGAUUACCGAACUGCGAGCUUUGAAAGAGCAAAACCAACGUCUUAUGGAUGAUAAUCAGGAAUUGCGCGAUUUAUGCUGCUUUCUAGACGACGAUCGUCAAAAAGGCCGAAAACUGGCAAGAGAAUGGCAACGUUUCGGUCGUUAUACGGCCAGUGUCAUGCGUCAAGAGGUGGCCGCCUAUCAGAACAAAUUGCGUCAAUUGGACGAUAAACAGCAAGAACUUAUCACCGACAAUUUAGAAUUAAAAGAAUUAUGUUUGUAUCUGGAUGAGGAACGGGCGCAUAUAGCAGCAAAUUCAAUGUGCGUAAAUUGCGGCGCUUCAACACGCAACGCUCUAAGAGACGAUGGUGACGGGAGUAGUUCUAGUACAAAUAACGAUGAAAAUAUAGCCGCCCUCAGAACAUACGAACGUCAAAUACCAGAUUUGCAUUUGCGAACUUCUUUGCAAGAUCAAACGCUCCAGUACGUACGCUCAUUGGAACGACGUAUACAGCAAUUAGAGGAGGAGCGUAUGAAUAAUAAUAAUAAUAACAAUACAAAUCUUGCUACAGCCAAUGUACUGAUAAAACAACAACAGCAACAACAGCAGCAUCAGCAUCAGCAUCAGCAACAACAACAACAACAGCAACAACAGCAACAACACAUUCAAACGUCUACAACUGUAACCCAAAAAUUACCACAAACAACAACGACAACAACGACAACGACUAUGUCACCAUUGGCUGAUGGUCUUGUCGACCCGAUAUCAGGCCGACCUGAAGCAGUAGUACGAGCUUUACAGGUUCUAGAGGUGCGGGAGCAAUUGGAACGCGAUAGACUGGGCAAUUUAAAUGGUCAUACUAUCGAUCAAAUGGACGAUGGCGAAAAAGCGUUAGUACGUGAAAUGUGUAAUGUUGUGUGGCGUAAAUUGGAAGGUAGUCCAAAUGGUCCAACAGCCUUAGAGCCAUUGUAGAAGUUUAUAUCACGAUUAAGUUUUCUUUCAUUUCAUUUUCAUUUACAAUUAUAAUUAUUUAUAUAAUUAACCCACAAAUCUCCGUAUUAAU